GGAAGACAGGAAAAUGAUUUGUCUUCUUUUAAAACGCCAUCUGAAUGUGUAUCCAGGGAACUAUUUACUGAACAGGAAAGUCACGUGGAAGGAAGGGAGGAAGGAGUCGGGCGACGUCAACAGACGAUUUAAGCCACAAAUAACGUCAUUACGGAUACGUCAGAUCGAGUUGUUUUAGCACUUCCGUAUUUUUCUUGUUUUACACGUUUGGGAUGUAGUCUCCUAUUAAAAACAAUAGUUGACAGUAAAACUACUGAUUAUUAGAUGUCGGAUGUAUGUUAUGCUGAAAAACGUCAUUAAAAUAUUUUAGCCAAUCAGAAUGCAGUGGCGUUUUAAACGUUCUUUAACCGUUCAACAUAGGCGGUUGUUUUCCGUUCGGUUUCUGCGGCACGCUCAAUCCCCGCCCCUUUAUGCCAGGCACGCUGUGAUUGGCCCAUGCACCGUGCACUCCGGAAUUCUUUAGUUCCUUGGAAAACACGCUCAAUUCUUCUGCCGACCAAGAACGAGCUGAAUCAGAUGGGAACCGAGGAGAGAGAUUGGGUGGAUGUGGCCAAUGAUCUCAUCUGGAAGUGUCACAUUAACCUGAGGAUACAGAGGCUCACAGAAUGCGAUGCUAGUGUAUUUGUGGCCUUAUAUCAAGCUAUCUUGGGAGAAAAAGUACCAGAUUACAUUGUUGUGCCCAAGAGCCAAGAGGAUGACAUCCACAACCUACAAUCUGUAAUUGACUCGCUGGCCUUGGAUUAUCUCCAGAUCAGCUUAUCUCACAUCACAGGUGAGAACAUUGUAAGGGGAGAUAAGGAUUCCAUCCGUAACCUUUUGGAGAUCUUUGACGGGCUGCUGGAGUAUCUCACAGAACAGCACAGUGAGGAUGAAGAACUUCCAAAUGGAGAGCCCAACGGUGCAGUCCACCCUGCAGAAGCACAGGAGCAGGAUAAAGAGGAGAAGAUGUCACAAAUCUCAAGCACACAUUCUGCUGCCCGGUCCAGUAAAUAUUCCCUUCAUUCCUGGAACGGGGAAGAAUCUGAGUCAACCGCCGAGCUGAUCCGGUUAGGCGAUUCAGCCCGUACAUUCACCACAAAGCAAGAAGUACACUCAAAACCCCUGCUCUCAGUCACUGAGAAAGCUGCCAGUGACCUUGAGCCACCCGCAACUCAGUCAUCUCAGCAACACGAGCCAGUCCACUCAGCCAUUCCUCUACAGCCUCCCAAACAGAUCACUCCACAUCGGGCAGGGAGACCCCCAUCAUCACCACCUGCCACAGAGGAUAAUGAGGAUCAUGCUGAGGAGACGAACAAACAGAAUGGGCAUUCACCUAAGAGUAAAGGCAUUCAGACUAACGGGAUCCACACUUCUGAAAGCGAGCAGUCUGUUAGGAGUCUGAAAGAAACACAGCCGGAGGCUUCCAAAGCACAAGUGGAGAUUGGUAGUCAGGGAGCACGGCGUGUCCUGUUCCAAACUCAGCCUGAAGUGCUGCUCCUGUCCCUCCCACAUGAACACAACCAGAAAAAGGACAUGCACACACACGGCCAAGCUGAAGAGGUGAGGAGUGAUGAUGAGCGACGCCACAGCUCUGGCUCAUCGUCUGGUAGACGGAGGAACUACAGGAGCAGGAGGUUGGUGGAGGAGAGCGAGGAUCCACUAUCCAGUCGCAGUCAAAAUAACAAACGGGCCGAGCAGGAGCUGCACGAGAUGUCAGAGAAACUCGCUCGCCGCCUCGAGGAGCUCGAUCUAAUGCUGAAAAGGGCUCUUGGGGAAACGGCAGAUGAGUCAAAGCCUGCUGAUGAGGACAAACGUUCCCACCACAGUGACAGUGUCAUGGAGUGCAGGCGUCUCCCCAGACCCACAGAUAAGGCCUGCACGGACAGACCUCCUCACACACGCUCUCUUUCCCCUUCUCCUCCUCCUGUACGUCAUUCAAGCCAGAGCAUGCUAGAGGGCGCUCUGCUCACACACGCGCAGCAACACACAGCACGGAGGAGGCAUGAAGAGCUUCGACACAUUCAGGGCCAGCGCAGAAAAGGCCAGAUGGUGGCUGAAGCUUAUGAGGCAGAACUGAAGAACUUGGAUGAGCAGCACAAAGUAGAUUUGGCCUUGGAGAGACUGCGAGCUCAAGAAGCUGAGCGGGAGUACAGGGAGGCCAUACGCAAAGAUGUGCCUCGUGCUUUAAAAUUUCAUCAACACAGUUCAAAAUCAAUGCUCUCAAACAAGAGUCCCUUCUCCAAAGCGGCAGCUCCCAUCCGACCACGCGCCCAGACUCGCAAAACAGCCCCAUUACGGGUGAAGGAGAACGAUUUGUUGCCAGCUCUGUUGGACGACUUCCCUCCCCUGCAGUUCUCUCCUCACACUCUGUCCCGCAUGUGGAAGCAGCAGCUCCGGCAGGUCGACCAGCUCGGUGCUCAGAACAACCACCACAAACGCAUACACAAACACAUCAACCAGGUAGAGGAAGCCCAGAAGAGACACGAUCUGCUAAUGGAUAUCAUCCGUAAAGAGCAGGAGCACAAUCGUCGCCUGAAGGAUUUCAAAGAUAGAAUCCAGCAACAGAAAUCUGCACAGAAUAAGCUGCGGGAGCAAAGGCAACAGGUGGCCCGUGCCCGCAAAUACCACAGCGAUUACCACGUGCAGCUGCGUGCCCGACUCCUCCGAGCCCGCACACGAGAGGAGAGGAUGUUUCGGCAAGUGUUUGAUGAAGGUCUGGAGCUGCAGAAGGCCCAUCUGAGGGAACAGCGUACGUGCGCUAAAGAACAGCGUCGGGAGCACGCUCGCAAACACAAAGACGAGAUUGAGGCCAUGGAGAAUUACUACAAAGACCAGUUUUCCAUGCUGGCUGAAAGACUUACCCUGGAGCGCCAGGAGAUCCAGGUGCGGAAGAAAGCCCAGGAAAAGGCUCUGAAUAAGAUGAAACGGGAGCUGAGGAGCAAGAUGGAGCGAGAGAUCAGCGAUUUGCAGAAGAUCAUCGUUCAGGACGAUGAGGAAGACUACUUCCGUGAGCUGGAGGUGGAGAGGCUGCGGAGUCGUGUGCAGAUGGCUUCCUUCCAGUAUGGCACGAGCUGCACAUACUGACCCCAGACCAGUGAGCAGCAUGUUACAGGAGAAACUCUUCAUCUAUGGAGCAGUCUCCACCUACUCUCACCCUAACACCAGGCAGGAGGCAUUAACACAUUACCACAUGCCAUCACUGAGCUGGAUUAUUGCACAAGGGCUUCUGAUGAGCACAUUUCUACAAGAUGAUUAACAUAAAAGCUGCAUAGAGGAAUCUCAAAUUGGGGCAAAUGGCAAAAAUCGCUUUUUUCCUUAAAGACAUUUUGAUGAUCAUAUUACGCAUCAUGAUAUUUCAUUUAUACAGUAAAAGAAAUGGUUUUUAUUCAUAAUUUAAUUUAAUGUCUAUCAAAAUAAAUCCUUUAACAAGGAAAAGGAGGACUUUUAAAGACCAAGAUGUGGCUUGUUACUGAAGGUAACAGUGAUCUCAAAAAUAUAAAGGCAGAUGUUAUGUAAUGUUUUGCAAUAUUUGAUGCACAAUUUAGGGGAUGUGACAAUAUUUGUGCAAUAUUUGAUGCACAAUUUGGGGAAUGUGACAAUAUAUAGAAUCUAUAAGAAUUAGAUUUUGCAGUAAGCAACCAUUGAGGGUUAUAUCUAUAUAAAAUGCCUUAAGUCUAAAUGCCUUAGCUUUGUUAUUUGGGUUUUUCCUCACACAUACUCUCAUAUGCCGGAAACUGUGAUUGUAAUUCAAACUGAGCGUUUAAAAAAUUUGAGAUAUUUAGACACUAUUCCACUCCUAACAAGAUGAUCAUAAAGGCAUGUUGUGCAAUAAUAUGAUUUACAUGCAUGUAAAUAAUUUCUCUUCAUGGCUGAUAACUGUAUAGCAAGCUGGUCAUCCUCUCCAUCAUUUACACAAGCAGGCGAAACCUCUGCAUGACCUUCGCAUUCUUCUCAAAAUCAAAAUUUCUUCAAAACUUCAAAAAAACAAACAAAAAAAACAACAAAAUUUUUUUCUCACUACUUAUGACGCACUAAAGCAUCUCAAAGUUCCUCGUGCCAAUCCUGAGGUUUGCGAUUUCCCUAAUUAUCUACAACACAUCCUGAGUGUGUUUACCUCCAAUUCAACAUUGUUGAGUUCAUUAUGACGGUUUCUUCUUUUGAGUUUUGUUCUUAAAAUUCAAAUAGAUUUAGAUUAAAAAAAAAGUUUGGCUGCUAUUGUUUCUUACCAGAAUGUAAAAACAACUGGUUGUAUGACACGCAAGGGAGUGUGUAUGCAGGGUUUCUGUACUGUUUGAUACGAAACUGUUUUCUGUUGUAAAACUGUAAAUCAGACCAGCGUCAUGUAGCUUCUGAGGCAUAUUUAUAAAAAAGAAACUUAGAAGUGUUCAAGAAAACGCGUUGCAUGCAGACACUAAAUCAUUGGACGUCCUUAAAGAAUUGUUCUGUAUGACUAGUCUUUCACCUCAAACACACUGAACCCUUUACUUGCUGCUAACACAAAGUCUUCCUCCAUCACUAAACUGCUGAUGCAAGCCUAAAUAAACCUGUUUUUGUAUUUCCUUUGGCGUUGAAAGAAAUGAAGCGAAAUGUGCACCUUUCCACCCUGACGUGGACCACUGACUAUUACAAGGCUGUUAUUAUUUUUUAUUUCUCAUUGCUGGAUCAGUCUUCCUAAGUGUGUGAAACCUGUUUGUCUUAAGUUAAAUAUUUAUUAAAUUGCACAAACUGAUUUUGCUCCAUUG